UACCAUCCAGAGCCUGACGCUUCUUCUCGGGCCCGCACUCCUCGCUGCAUCCAUCUACAUGGUUUUUGGCCGUCUGACCUGGUUCCUGGAAGCCGAACAUCUGGCUUUGAUUCGCACCAAAUGGCUGACGAAGAUCUUCGUUCUGGGAGAUGUCAUUUCAUUCGUUACACAAGGAGAAAACAUUAUAAUCGCCGGCCUCGCUGUACAGAUUGCCUUUUUCGGGGUCUUCAUCAUCGCCAUAUGCCUCUUCCAUUACCGAAUCAACAGAUCGCCCACAUGCCCCUCAAGCUCGGUCAUACUAAGAUGAAGACGCUUUAUCUGGAUCUUGUACGAAGCAAGCAUCUUGAUUAUGGUUCGAUCUGUGUUCAUAGUGGCCGAGUAUGUUACAGGCGGCAACAGACCGCUGAUGGCAAGCGAAGUCUACAUCUAUGUUUUCGACGCGGCCUUCAUGUUUAUGGUCGCUGCCAUGUUCAACCUCUUCCACCCUGGGAAAAUCAUCCGGAUGGACCAUAA